AUGCCUGAAAAUGACCUUGACAGCGUGAUCCCCGCGCAGCUCUCCUUUCUCGCCAUCUACAACCCGACCCUCGGCCCCACCGACGAGACGUUAGAAGACCAGAUCGUGUUUCACACCUCGAGAGCGGAGAAUCAACGUGCGGAAACCUCUACUGCGGAGGAUGACGAUGUCAAAAUAUCUGAAAAUAGCAAGAAUGAAAGGUUACGCCAGAUAGGCCUGGCGCAGGGCAUGGUGAGCUUUGCCAGCAACUUUUCGGACAAACCACUGGAAUAUGUCGAAACCGAUAAAGCGCGGGUAGUUCUUCUUGAGCUGGAGAAGGACUGGUGGGUUGUUGCCUCCAUCGACCUUACUCGAUUGCCCGCCGAUCCAUCUCAAUCCUCCUCGGUUGAUGGAGCUGUACUCGGCGAGAGAAAUGGGGCCCCCCAGCUACUUAUUCAGCAAUUACGGCGCGCGCACUCGAUAUUCCUUCUCCUCCAUGACUUCUCAUUGAGCAAUCUCUAUACCCGCGUGGGAAGAUCUUCGUUCUGCCUCUUUUUAGAACGUUUCUGGGAGAAAUUUGCGUGGAACUGGGAGCUCCUCUUGACCGGAAACCCUGUCGUGGAGAUCUAUAAUGGGAUCAAACUUGCCGCGGGAGGAGAGUUGGGAAUUGGGGUUGGAGAAGAAGAAUGGGGUAGUGGCGAAAGAGAAGUACUUGAAGAUUUUGUGGCCAGGACAGAUGGUUUGGUUGACCUGGUUGUCGCGAGGUUUGGCGAUCCGUCCAGCCAAGCCAGUGACUCCCCGCCGGUACCCAAGAACGGUGAAAUCCAAUGGCUGGGAUCAGAUACUGAUCCGCGACCCGCUGAUGGUAUCAUUUUCUCUGGAACUGGAGCUGUUUCCCGCCCGUCUCUAACGCAUGUGUCCCACUGGAUGGAGUGGAUUUUCCGAUACGGCGACACGGCAUAUGGAAUUGGGCGGGACCCAAACUCAUUACAUCGACGAAGGCCACGGAGACAACGAAGGCAGGAAUUAUCAGGAGCUAAGCCAUCAACGCCAGAACCGGGUCACACGCCGGGCAUACCUCGCCCGCUUGUAAUGGCGGAGCUACAGUCAAUUCCUAGAACUCACGAGAACACACCCGAAAGAAGAAAUGGGACUCCUCUGCCGGAAGGUGACCAAAAGACCGACAAGUCUGCGUUCCCAACAGAUACGGUCAUGAAGUACCUGACUCUUGGAUAUGGCUCCGCGUGGAGCUUCUCUGCCAAAUCUGCAUCCGCAUCCGCAUCCGCAUCACCUGUCGGUUCUCCCGGUGCAGUCAACGAACCAACAGCGGAUGCUGCUGGACAGAACGAACCUUCCACUGCACGAUCCCCACCGCUUGAUGAACCGCGGCUCAGUGACCAACGAAAUGUAUCCAAGAACAUUACUCUCGGUCGAUUUGUUCUAGGACCCCGCGACGACCUGGGUACUCUCGAUGACCUGGAAGAAAGGAGCCCAGAGCCCGAGGUGGAUGCUGGUAGAUCCAAGAGCCGGAUCAUACACCGGUCUCUUCAUGUCCGAUUGACAGAUGCUGAAGAGGUUACACCGCUCCAGGCAGUUAUAUAUGUGCACCAACCGUUCGUGUUCACGUUCCUGUUCGACCCAGAGACCCCAUCUCUCUCAUCUCCGUCCCUAUACACAAGCAUACACCACCAACUCGGCCCUCUCCAAAAACCACUUCUAGCAUCAACCUCCCCCACAACAGCCGCCUCGCGCAUUUCCAUGACAGAAACCACGCCAGAUGCUACCAAACACCAAGCAGUUUACGACCUCGUCUACGACCCAUCAAACCUAACCAUCCGUUCCUCUAUCCCAAAUAUCCCCGGCCUAGCUACACCCUCUCAUCCAAGAGAAACAUCCAACUCUCCACGCACUCCCUCCCCCUCCCCCUCUCGCCCAAGUACACUAUCAUGGUCCCGAGUCGAAAGCCUCGCCAUCCACCACCGUCUCCUAACAACAUACAUCGACACCCGCACCCGGCCGCAGGAACUCGAGCGCACCAGCAAAACCAGCCGUGGAUGGUGGAUAGUCUGGGUACGCUUCAACAAUACUUCAACCUUUGCACCGCCCCAUUCCUUGGAUGGAGAUCAGCUCUCUUCGACGGCUCCGUCUCCCCAGCUAGAUACCACUCCUCCCUCUCCAGCACAGGAAGCCUUUAUCGUACGCAAAGCGAGUGACCAUGUCUCCCCAGCGAGUCACGCGAGGGUGAGCAGUGGAACGCGCUUCUUCCGCGAUCUAGGCGGUGCAUCAUCUAAGUUAGCUUCGUCCCGUGCUCAUGACACUACGCCUUCGAAGCUGGUUGAGGGGCUUGGGAUGGAUGCGAGGCGCUAUAUUGAAGGGUUGUUGAGUUUGAAUCGGUCUUGA